AUGCAAGCCUCGUUCGCAUUGGAAGAUCGAACACUCAAGAUCCGUGAAAGCGGACCAAGCCUCGAUGAAUCUCACAGAGGAAUUUCGACGAGCGUGGCGGACUGGAGGGCGGAUGGCCGUAGAGCAGCGCAUGUGGCCGUCCGAGACAUUGACCACCAAUCUAAAACCGGCUGCACUUUGGAUCACCGACACCGCUGGGCCAACGCUCUGAGCGUCUGCACGCCUCAGGGCUGGCGGCUUCAUGCUUUGGUGCCCGUUGAUGCUCGCCGCUCCAAGAGCAACUACAGCCGUCAUACUGCUGGAGUCAUCCACACGCUCGAUGCAGCACCAACACUCAGCAAGACCUCGCAAACCUCUCACAGGGGACGAACGCUCUCAAUGGCACGACCUCUGAGCUUUGUGACAUCGGAUUUGCUAGAAAGCUUUCGGUCUCGUAGCAACCGCGGCGAAGUUGCGUUUGAGGUUGAUCCGCUUGCAGCGUGCCGCCUGUCGGCCUCUAAAAUCCCUGAGACACUCGAUGCUUCGAGCCCCAUCUCCACCAGCCACACGGCCCGCCUCACACACGCAUCCGAACGCCCCACCUCUCCACCUCUCGUCCUCUCGUCCUCUCGAUUCGGCAUCUGGUCCACUGCCCCUGCCAAGCCCGCUAGGCUCUGCGCUCUCCAGCCACCUCAUGGCGAUAUCUGA